UUUUUUGUUUUUGUCUUGUGUUUCUGUCCUACAGCCCAUGAAAACAGGAGCUGGGGGAGAAAAGCAGGACAAGUCACAAUCAGUUUCACCUGAACAAAGACGAGCAACAAAGGGAUCCGCAUGGGUCAGGGGGAGGCUUCAGCUCGGGGGACGACCAUGGAGGGCGACUGCCUCAGCUGCAUCAAGUACCUCAUGUUUGUCUUCAAUUUUCUCAUCUUUCUGGGCGGCUCGUUCCUCCUGGGCGUGGGCGUGUGGGUGCUGGUGGACCCCACUGGGUUCAGGGAAAUUGUAGCGGCCAACCCCCUGCUGUUCACCGGCGUCUACAUCAUCCUGGGGAUGGGAGGCAUGCUGUUCCUGCUGGGCUUCCUGGGCUGCUGCGGAGCCAUUCGGGAGAACAAGUGUCUGCUUCUCUUCUUCUUCAUGCUCAUCCUGCUCAUCUUCCUGGCAGAGCUGGCCGCUGCCAUCCUCGCCUUCAUCUUCCGGGAACACCUGACCAGAGAGUACUUCACCAAGGAGCUGAAGAGUCAUUAUCAGGGCUACAAUAACAGCGACGUCUUCACCUCCACAUGGAACGCCAUCAUGACCACGUUUGACUGCUGUGGAGUGAACAGCCCAGAGGACUUUAAGGACAGCCUGUUCAGGCUCAACAACCAGAAUCACAUGGUGCCAGAAGCCUGCUGCCAGCGCAUUCCUCAGAGCAAAGAGAGGGUCUACUCCAGCCAGGAGCAGUGCCUAUCCGGCAAUACGGUGAUCCGCAACAAGGGCUGCUACUCUGCCGUGGUCGACUACUUCGAGGUGUACAUCUACGUCGCUGGAGCGCUGGCUAUCGUGGUGUUAACCAUCGAGCUCUUCGCCAUGGUCUUUGCCAUGUGUCUCUUCCGGGGAAUCCAGUAGAAGUGCUUCAUUUGCAAAUCGCUUUUUUUUUCUUGAACAAAAAGGGAAUUCAGGAGAAAACAACAAAACGGACAUUUGUAAAUUUGUGGAUCUCCUUUUUUUUAUUGUUGUCCAAUUGGUUUAAAAAACAACAACAAGAAGAAGAAAAAAGGCAAACUCUUGUACUUCACAGCUGGACUUUUGAGGUACUGGGUGAUUUAAAAAAAAAAAGAAAACCAGACACGGAAACCACUGAGAGAGUUUAAAAAUCAAAGAUUUAAAAAAAACAAACAAACAAAACGAUUUGUGCUUAAAGUGGAAGCAGUAAUUAGUGGACCAGGUCUAGCACAGACUGGGUGUAAAGCCUGAGCAGAAGGCACUGCACUGACUUUUGGAUGAAGAAUAUUUAUAUAGAGUUUUGUUGGCUCAACUGUAAAAACCGUGUUUCACUCUGAAUGGCAACCUGUCCCCGUUUUCUUACCGUGUACUGUAAGCAGCCUCCUUCCUCCACAUGCCCUUUUUUACUGCCACCUCUCAAAUACUGUAUCAUGUCGGCUCAUUAUUAUUGACCCUUUCCACGUGACGUCACGCUCUCCAGAACUCCGCCAUGACGGACGUCAAAACAACCAAUGCGCUCCGGUAAAGCCGGUCUAAAAACAGACACCUGUAACCUAAUGUAUCGCUUCUGUUAGUUGAUUUAACUUUAAAGUGGUCACAGGGUGCUGCGCAAACAGAGAAGGAUAGAAACCAAACUUGUCAUUUUAUUUUAUGACUUUUAAUGAGGAGAGACACGGCAGCAGCCGUUAAUCAUAAUGACUUGCAGCUGUCAAUAAUAAUGAGCGGCAGCCCUCGGUGUAACCGCGGAUUUGCAGCGAGCACUUUUUACAAGGUAAGAAGUAAGAAAGUACGUGUCUGACGGUUAGUAACCAUGGAAACGGUGCCGCACCGUCAUGUAGCCUAGCUUAUAUGGAAAAAACUGGUUAGCGUCUCGUCUUUUGUACGUUCUUAACGCCGCUCCGGUUUAAGGGGGAAACACUGUUUAUGACAUAGUGAUUUAAAUCAUGUGGUGUGAAUUCAGACAAAGUCGGUAAUUUGGUCAACACGUCAGGAGGGAGGAGGUUCGGGUCGGUUUCUAAGCUAGCUGUUUAUAACUCUUGUAAAUCCCGCCGUCUGAGAGCCCCAGCCAGGUGAGUUACGGUCAGACAAAUUAGCUCGACUCCAACUAGUAGAAGCCAUGAAUAAACUGGCAAGAACAACUUGGGAAAACGAUUUCAGUCGCUCAGUUCAAGACUCACGUCCCUCGCUUCCGACGUCCGUCAUGGCGCCUUGAAGUGACGUAGUUGAAAAGGGUCAUAUUGAGUGUGUGUGUGUGUGUGUGUGUGUGUGUGUGUGUGUGUGUGUGUGUGUGUGUGAGAGAGCAUGUGAUUUUCUUCAUAACCUCAUAACCCCUCCCAAGCCAACAACUCUUUUUUUCUGUUUGUAUGGUGACUGUUAUUUGCAUUAGAAAUGUGCUUUUAGGUGGUGACAUGUAUGUGUAUGAAUUUGUAUUAGAUUGUUAAAGUCUGUGACAUAAAUGGCAUUUUAAAUGA